AGGUAUUCAGAGCUCCCAUCUUUCGUCAUAGAAUAGACAAGAAUGGAUUUAGCUUGGGCUUCAGCAAAAACCUGAGGCAGGUGUUCGGUGAUGAGAAGAAGUACUGGCUGCUGCCUGUGUUUUCAAGUUUAGGGGAUGGUUGCUCCUUCCCAACUUGCCUCGUUAAUCAGGAUCCUGAGCAAGCUUCCACACCUAGUGGUCUUAAUUCAGCAUCCAAAAAUGAGAACCACCUGUUUCCUGCAAGGCCGUUGCGUGAUUCCCAGAGUCAUCUACUUACGGAUACACCGUCUUGGUCAGAAACUAGUGCAAAGGCUGGAAAGGGCAAAGUUGGUAUGAGCAAUCCUGCCUUAACCAUGGAAAAUGAAACCUAGUUUCCCUUAAAAGAAGCAUCUGAGUAUGUAAGGAAAGUUGAAGAGCAAGCUGUCGUUGGAAGGAAGAUGCAUUCUUCCAAAUAUUAGUCCCGUUGGCCAGCUGCUCCUGCCUGCUCCUCUAUGGAUGUGCUCAGAAAACAAACUGCCAGAUGAUUAGCUGUCUCCAUGUCACUGUUUGAAACAUGAAACUAAACUUCCGAACCUUAUCGAAAAUAUUUCAACUUAAAAUU